AAUUUGCGGUCACGCUGAGCUCCACCCUCUCCGUUAUUUAGGAGUAGAAGAAAAAAACGAAAAGAAACAUGUAACAGAAAAAAGACAAAAAAAAAACGUAGUGUUCCUUCACAAUUAGUUAGCAUUUUCAUUAUCCAUCUCAAUCACGCACCCAACAUACAAUCAUCCAAACACUUCACAACGAACCACCGAAGAUGGAUCACAAUGAGAUUUCCAUGUGCAUGGACGUCAAAUUGGAUACAAAUGACAAGCGCGCCAUUGCCCUGCGCUACAAGACGUGGACACGCUGUCAGGUGAAGAUCGAGGCCAUUAAGUGCGUGCCCUGCUUCCUGCGUCUCAGUUUCCAAGAUGAGCCACAGCAGCAGCAGCAACAAACACAUCAUAAAAUGCUUAGUGUGUCGGUUAAUGUGCCUGGCGUCAAUAUCAGUUUGGCAACGUCGCGCACCAAACAGCAUUCGUAUGGACUAUUUUGGACACAGAAUCGUCGCGAUUGUUUCAUAUAUUUUGCACUGGAAACAGAGACUGCUUGCCGUCGGCACAUGAAGUGGAUGAAGAAGUCCAUCAAAAACCUGGAGUUGUAUCGUCAAGUAUUUCUGGAGCAGCGACGAUUGAGUCGUGACAACAGCAGUCAAAAGUUAUUGGGGCCACUGCCCAGUCUGCCGGAUUCGCUUUGCUUUGAUCUGGACGCCAAUAGCUUUAACUUUUCCGCACGCGUCUCGCAAAUCUACGAGGAGAUCUUCGAUGGCAGCCGCGUGUCGCGUGCUUCUAUUGCAUCUGGCAUCUACGAGGAGAUGAAUCUGACAAAUGCUGGCGCUGCCAGAGCUAUAUUGGAGUUACCGCCGGCGUUGCCCCCGUUGCCUGCACAUCGCAAGCGCAUUAACACGUUCGAGUGUCAACCGGGUGAGAUACCGCGCUCCAGCACCAAUCCUGAGUCCGAGCUGGCCAAGAAGAAGAAAUAUAAGAUCAUGCUGGACAACAUUUUUGGCCAGAAGCGACGUUCGGGCAGCGCUAGUGAUACUGGACAAAUGCUGGAGCUGCAACAGCCGGAACAGGAGCUGGCGCUUUACGAGAAUGCACCGACGCCAGAGGCAACGCCACCGUUGAAGCGCAAUGCUGCCAAUCAGCAUCUGAAGAAUGCACAACGCAAUAGCUUUUCGAGUCCCGAUCUCUCUAAGCUCAACUUUCUGGACACAUUCGGCGAAGCUUUGUCUAGCGAGGAGUUGAACAUCAGUCUCGAAGAUUCUGCUAUUGAGCCCAUUUCUCGAAAUGCGCUUCUGGCGCAAAUCACACGACAAUUGAGCCGCGCCGACUCGCUGGAGAGCCUGAAUGUGUCAGAGCAAUUGCCGCAUAAUUUUAACUUUUCGGCGUGCAACUCGUCCACCAUUAAUCUCAUUGGUGCCAAUGGCGCCGUCUCGCUUACACAGGCGCAGCUGCUACAGAGCAAGAAGAAAGUACUGGUAGAUGAUCUCAAUGGUUACUGUGUGAUGGCACCGAUUAUUCAAAAGCCCAAUAGCAAAAAUGAGCAACAAUUGGAGAAGAAGCCCAGCACCAGCACUGCAUCCACUUCAUCCGGCUACUCAACGGGCUCCUAUUGUUCAUCCACCAGCAGCUGCAACACCGACGAGCAGACGGCCAAAGUGGCCAACGUUGUUGCACCAGUUCUCACCGAGGCGAUUCACAAUGAAAGCGAAAUUUACGAAUCGAUGCACAUCCACUCCACCGUCAAUACAAAUGGCAUUUUGGCCGAGCAUUUGUAUGAGAAUCUGUUGGCCAUCAAGGCCGCCCAAGAGUUGGAAGCACAGCCUCUUGGCCUGGGCUAUGGACUGAGCACGAGCACACCCACCGAAUCACCACUGUUGCCAGCUCUGCCGCCCAAGCAACAAACGCCAUCAACAGCCGGCGAGCAGCGUGAACCUGAAGAGGAUUAUUAUCAGACACCGCGCAAAUCGAUCAUCAGUGUGGACGAUAAGAUACCCUCGUAUUAUCCCAAUAGCUGCGACACGCUUAAGUCGAAGCGACGCAGUCCCAGCAGCGGCGUCGAUGCAGUGCGUCACUUGGCCAGCGCUCGGCUGCGACGCGACCGCAAAGAGAAUCUAUACAUAUCAUCGCCACAACAGAUCAUUGAGCAACGACAGAAGGGAGCCCAGUGCACAACAUCAUCAUCAUCAGCAAUGUCAUCGCCAUCAUCAUCGUCAUCGUCAACCAACAAGACUAAAACGUUAAACAAAAAGACUGCCGCCCACAAGAUAUCCGAGGGUGUCUAUGCCGUCACCCACGCGGCUAAGCGAACUAGCAACCACAACAACAAUAAUAACAAUAACCAUAAUAACAACAACGAUGUGGCAUCGACUGUAAGCGCUGGUGAUGAGGAGCUGCUGCAACUCGCAAUGUUACAAAAUAUUGAUUUCAAGUUUGACGACGGCCAAGUUCAGGUCGAAGCCAGCUCCACCAGCAGUAAUAACAGCAGCAACUCAAGUUCCAAAUGCAAGUCCAGAAGCAAGAGUAAUCUACUGCAGCUGGAGGAUGAGUAUGAGCACUGCUAUCAGGCGGCAGAGCGUGCCACACGCAUGCUGCAAAAGUAUGCGACCUUGGCCAAGUUUGGCAAUUCACCAACUAAGCAACAGCAGCAGCUCAAGGCAAUGACACAAUCGCAGUCGGUGGCAAAUACUCCAAACGAGCUGCAGCAACAAGUGCAAGUUGUGGCGCCGCCAACAGUCAACAGUCUUAAGAAAUUUGCCUCGUUGCCGCGCUUUAAGAAAAUUGACUUCUCACCUCUAAAGUUGCGGCUUAAUAAUGUGUUGCAACGUAAUCCGACGCAAGCUGCACAAUCGCCGCAGUAGCCAUAAGAAAUAAUUCUCUUGUUCUUGUUGUUUCGUUUUGUACCCUGUCGCCGUAAGUAGCAUUAAGUUAAUUGUAAUAUGUCAUUGUAAUUGUAUUAUUAUUAUUAUUAGACGCUCUAAUUUAUUGUGUUUCGCAUCUCUUGAUUAAGUUUCAAAUUUAGUUUUAUUUUGUAUUUAAUACGCUCCCAAAUUGGAUCUAUCGCCUUAAAUGUUGAUCUUUUGAUUUUGCCAUAAAUAUGAUUUGACUGAAAACUUACGCUUACCAAAACUAUAUACUAUAUAUUUAUACAUAAUCGUAGUUAGUACUCCAUAUCAUAACUGAUGUUGUUGUUGAUAUCUUCGUCUAAAUACUCGGUAAAUGUCUGCUCAAUUAUAGGUAAAACAUAUAUGAAAACGCUUUUAUUUCUAGACAACGAACAAAUUAUACAAAAAUCAAUUGUUGACUUACUCUUAACCAUAAACCAAAAAAGAAAAACUAUAAAUUUGUAAGGCUUGAGCUUGACUUGCCCUUGACUUCUUUUGAAGACAAAGCGCCGCUUAAACGCACCAAGAUUGAUCUCUUCUGCAUGUCCAUAAGUUAAGAUCAUAUUAAUUA